AAAACAAAGGUGAAAAAGGAGAGAGAGAGAAAAAAAAAAAAAAAGUGAGAAAACCCUACUAAGAAGGAAGUGUGUGUGUGUGUGUGUGUGUGUGUGUGUGUGUGUGUGUGUGUGUGUGUGUGCAUCAUGCCGUGUUCCGCCCACCACCACCAUCAUCACCUCCUCGUCCUUCUCGUCCUCCUCCUCCUCCUCCUCGAGCUCUCUGAUAAUGGAGCCGCCCAUCGCCUACACAAGCACGGGCGUGGGUCGCGGGGGAAGGGCGGAUCGUGGGGCAAGGGAGCGCUGUGUCCCACGUGCCCCUACUUCCUCAACACCACCAGGAAGGUCACGACUCCAGAGGGCGUGGCUGCUAACCUGACGUGUGGCGUUAAGAAUUUGUUUGACAGAAAGGUUUCGUGGAUCAGGCGGCGGGAUCUGCACGUGCUUACAGUCGGGAGUUACACCUAUACCAGCGACAGGAGGUACACACCCUUGCACCUGAUGGGCUCUCCUUUCUGGACGCUGCAGGUGGAGUCACCCCGCGCCGCAGACUCCGGGGUGUACGAGUGCCAGGUGUCCACGCAGCCCAAGAUGUACCGGCGCUUCGUCUUCCUCGUCGUGGUCCCCAGCGCGGAGAUCCAAGGGACGCAGCAGGUGUACAUGAAGACAGGCAGCGACAUCAACAUCACCUGCGUAGUCAGCGGUCACCUGCGGGACUCACCCAUCACGUGGUACUACUCUCCGCUCAACCAGAAGGCGAGGGAGGUGCACGCAGCGGGUCGGGGUGGCGUGCAGCUGGUGACGGACAAGCACGCGGGGACCAGCUGGCUCUUAGUUGACCACGCCACCUGGAGGGACGCUGGGAACUACACUUGUGCUCCCAUGCAUGCGCGUCCCGCCUCUGUUGUGAUUCACGUGGUGGAUGAAGAGUCCCCAGCCGCAAUGCAACACGACUCAGGCAGCGCAGCCAGCCCCCUCCUGCCCUCACUGCUGCUGCUGCUGCUGCUGCUGCUGCUGGCCUUCUGGGGCGCCGCCGCUUCCCAGUUAGGGUGCCACUAUCCAGCAGCGGCCUGGCUUCUGCCCCUGCCCUCCACACACCUCACGGCCACAUAGCAAACAGUACUCCAGUAGCAAAUAUAUUGAGUUUUUGUAUACAAGUUAAUGGUUAAUGUGAUGAAUUGUACACUUUAUGAUGUUUAUAUAUUUAUGUGUAUAUGUAUGUAUGUAUGUAUGUAUAUGUGAUGUACAUAAUGUUAUGGAGAUUUCUUUUUUUUUUUUUUGUAUUUUAUUUAUAGUGUUUGAAAUAUCAGACUUGUUAUUGUUUUCUGUCUGUAUACAAUUAUGUGUUCGUAUACUUGUGUUUUAUCUGCUGUCUGGUUUUGCUCAAUUGCGGCUGGAAGGUAUGUGUGUGUGUGUGUGUGUGUGUGUGUGUGCGACUGUGUACGCCGAAGCCAAAAAAUUAUUAUGUAUGAACUAAUUUUGCGUCUGUAUGUGUAAAAGUGACAUGGUUCUCUAUUUCCCUCUCUCUGCUUUUAUUCAAUGGAGUGUUACAUUCAUUUA